GCUGAUGUACAUGAUGGUGUGGCUGAAGAUAACCAGAAGAUUAGUUCCGUGGCUGAUGUUAUUAAGUUUAUUCAGACUAAGAAUGGAAUUACUGUCAAGGAAAAUGAUUCAUAUGAGGAUUUUGAUGAUGAUAUAAUGUUUAUUGAUGUAAGGAGAAAUUUUUUUAUUCAAGAUGCAAUGAGAGAGUGCAGUAAAAAGAAAUUUGAUCCUAAGAAGGUGAUAAAGGUGACUUAUGUUGGUGAGGAGGCUGUGGAUUAUGGUGGACUCAGACGAGAGUUUUGGCAAUUACUGGUUCAAAAGGGAUGUCAGCAUUAUUGUGUGGGAGGAGAUAGUGGAGUUACUUUUAUUCAAAACACUGCAGCUCUUCAGAAAUUUGAACUCAAGUUCCUUGGCAUGUACACAGCUAUGUCUAUCAUACAAGGGGGUAUCGGGUUUCCCGUUCUUCACCCAGGAGUUUAUAGUUAUAUAUGGAGUGGUGUUUAUGUUGGGGCUGUUAUAUGUGAUGAUGGAAUAAUGCAGAGUUCGUUUCGAGAACUUGUAAAGAAGCUGCGGAAGUGUGAAGAUGACACUAGUGUUAGGGAAGUGUUCAGUGAAACUGAACAUCUAGAUAUUUUGUGUGAAACAGGGUACAGGAAACCGAUUAAUUGUUUGACAAUUGGUGAUGUUAGUGAAAUCGUAGAGAUUAUUAAAUCCCAUUGUAUAAAAGUCUCUAUUCCUGAGAUUAACCAAUUUGCUGAAGGAUUGGCAUCUCUUGGGGUUUUGGAUCUUAUUAAAGAGUACCCUGAUAUAAUGAAGGACUUCUUUGUUGAUAAUCAAAGAAGACUAACUGCAGCAAUUUUUCGAGAAAUAUUUCAAGUUAAAUAUUGUAACAAGGACAGUCCUAGGAGACAAACUGAAGAAGCGACUUAUAUAAUGUUUGUAGAUUUUAUUGAGAAGUGUGAAGAAAAAGAAAUAUGUGCUAAUGUCAGUGAUAUAAGCUCUGGUGUUGAAAAAUCACAGAGAGAGUAUGUAACACUUGAGGAUAUCUUACUAUUUUGCACUGGUACCACUAAAGUUCCUCCAGAUGGUUUCUACACCAAGCCUACAAUAUGUUUUUCUGAUGAUUUGCUUGCUACUGCUAGUACUUGCGACCUCAUACUUAGGAUUCCAACUGCAUUUUAUGACAAUAGUGAAAAGUUUGAAGAAAUGUUUGUUUGGAGCUUGAAAGGUCAUAUUGGAUUUGGAAGAGUUUGACUCAUUUAAUUCAAUUUCUUUGAUUAUUACUAAGAAUAUUAAAAAAUUCUGUAAUUAAAAAGUCAUGUUUAAAUUGUUGCCCUUGAAACAAAA